GGGGUCCGAGUUCAUUCCAAGUGCUGUUCGCAACGGGGCAGAAGCCGUCUACGACGCGCAAACAGGGUCUCGCUCGACGCAGUAUGGCGGGGCCGUACACGUCCCGUCGGUCGCCCGUGCUGUCGCUGGGCGGCGGAGCCAGCACCGACGACCCGCUCGCCACUGCCGCGGCCAUCGAGGUGCUGAAUCGCGGUGGAAACGCGGCGGACGCGGCGGUGGCCGCAGCGGCCGCGCUCCAGGUGCUCAAGCCGUACGCGACGGGCAUCGGAGGCGACUGCUUCGCCCUCUUCUACGACGCCCAGACGCGAGCCGUGCGCUGCAUCGACGGAAGCGGUCGCAGCCCUGCAGCCUUGACCCGGGAGCUGUUCGUAGCCGGAGCGAACUCUGGCAUGGAGGCCACCGUUCCUGGUGCCGUCAAGGGCUGGUUUGACACCCUGCGCCACUGCGGCAGCGGACAGGUGUCCAUGCGUGAGGUCCUGGCACCGGCCGUGCGUCUUGCCCGUGGUGGCUUCCCUGUGGGCGUGGUGAACGCGGCCCACUGGGCCACCUACGAAUCCAGGCUAGGCGAGCUGGUGGGGGGAGCCUACUUCCUACCCACGCCGCGAGCGGGACAGGUGCUGCGAAACGAGCCACUCGGCGACCUGCUCGAGCGACUGGGCCGAGAGGGCGCGGAUGCCUUCUACAAGGGGCCCGUAGCCGACGCUGUGGCGGCGGCCGUCAAGCGGGCGGGAGGCGUGCUGGAGGCGACCGACCUCCUCCGACACCCGGCGGACAGCGGCGACGGCCUGGUGGCUCCCGUGAGCACCACCUACCGCGGCGCCCGGGUGCACACGGUGCCGUUUCCCAGUCACGGAAGCGUGCUUCUCGAGGCGCUCAACAUCCUCGAGCGGUUCGAGCUGCGCGACCGGGAACGAUGCGCGCACCUGCUGGUCGAGGCCCUGCGGCUGGCGCUCGCGGACGGCCUCGGCUGGGUGGCCGACGGGGGACCGGCGCGGGACGGCCGGAUGGCUUCCAAGGAGCACGCCGAGGGCCGCAUCGUGGACGUCGAGCGGGCCCGGCAGUGGAGCGAGGCGGACCUGCCGAACGCUCCGGAGCAGUCGCACACCGUGUUCCUGGUGACCGCCGACGAAAGAGGCAAUGCCUGCGCGUUCAUCAACAGCAAUUUUUUGGGCUUUGGAUGUGCCAUUGUCGAGCGGUACGGAUUCGCAGUCCACUGCCGCGGCCGCGGGUUCAGCGCCGUGGCGGGCCACCCGAACUGCGCGGGCCCCUGCAAGAAGCCGUACCACACGUUGAUGCCAGUGCUGGUGACGGACACCGCGAGCGGUGACUGGUUGGCCGCGCUGGGCACCAUGGGCGGAUACACGCAGCCGCAGGUCGACCUGCAGCUCCUCCUCGCCAUGAUGGAAGGGGGCCUCGACCCGCAGUCGGCGCUGGACGCUCCCAGGCUGUACAUCGGCGACGGCAGAACCCUGCGGCCGGAUGAUCCGCUCUUCCUGGAGGAAGGGUUUCCGGAGGACGUGGUCGCCGACCUCCGGCGCAGGGGUCACCGCAUUGCACCAGGCUUUGUGCCGCCUUCUGCUCGAAGCACCAGAAGCAUGGCCCACAUCGUGGCACGAGGCAGCUGGUGGGACCGCACUCGCGAGUGUGCGGUCGAGCAAGUGGCGCAAGUCCUGUGGUUCGGCUGCGAGCCCCGGAGCGACGGCGUGGCAGCCGCAGCACCGCCUCAAGACGUGCUCUGAAGACUGCGGCGUGCGCGGUCGCGCCAUGUUGCGGCAGCACACGCAUCAAGAAGCCUCAGACGAGCGAUGCAGUCAAGGUCACAUCCGCGGCUUCGCCAUCGAGCUUCAGGCGUUGUACGAAUGAAAUUGACAUAGCGUCACAUAGUUAUUAAACACGAAUGGGCUCGUUGGCGCAUUUUCCGAGGCUGAAGCAAAAUAAAGUGCAAUAAAAGGCAAAAAACUAGAAAAACCGACAAGUAAGGGGGAUAACUUCAACAGGAACUAAGCGCCUGUUGAAAGCGUCUUCGUACGGCACAUCGCACUCGCAAUAAUAUUCUCAAGAGUGGUAGCGGGAGGUAAACAAACAGGCCGGACCCCAUUAGAUAUGCAUUAGGAAGUACCAUAGAAUGAUAACAGUGGCAGAGCAAUUGACACAUGCAAGGACCAUCAUUCACUCGCAACACUCGCUUAGUCCUGUGGAAGUUCGCGCUCUGUCCUGUCUGUUUCUUCUCUUCCACUGCCGUUGA